UGUCAACAGUUAAUACACAAACGACGAACAAAUAACUACAACAAGAAGAAUAAGAAGAAGAAGAAGAUGUUUGACCUAAGUGACUUUGCAAAGAUGACCAACUCUGACUCUGAAGAUGAACAGCAGUCAAAGGAUGUGUCAGUGGCACAACAAUACGAAGAGAAGAUGAUACCAAUUAGAGAUGAAGAGUUGACCAUUAGAGAGUUCCAUUUCAGUGCUACCAAUGCUGGUUAUGUAUGGCCUUCAACAUUCUUCAUCAUUGACUAUAUGCUGGAGCAUCAACAAAUGUUUACAAACAAGAGAAUCAUAGAGAUUGGCUCUGGUACUGGUAUUCUAUCUCUAUUCCUAACAUGGGGAGAUAAGUUCCCCGAAGAUCGUAAUAACUUUGAUGUCGUCAUUGCAAGUGAUAUCAUAUUAUAUGUGGCCUACUUUGAAAAGCUAAUGAUAACACUUAGACAACUGAUGGAUCAUCGACCAGACUCAUUCAUGAUCAUGGCCUACAAGAGGAAGUUGUACAACUCAAAGAACUUCUUUGUUCUAUUGACUGACAAUGGAUUUGAAUUCGAAUCAAUUGGUUCAAAGAUGUGGAUCAUUAGGAAGAAGAAGGUACAGGACACACAAUCAAACAGCAGCAGUAAUAAUACUGUACCUGAG